GUUGUUAUAUUGUCAACAUGAAAGAUUCACAAGAAUAUCAUAACCUUUAAAUUAAUGCGUGGUGUUUAUUAAACUGAAAAUAUAAAUAAUGUCAUUGUUUCCUGCUUAUUCAAAUGAAAACGUAACUGAAUCAUCAAAUAGCAAUGUUUCACAACAAUUGCGGGAAGAUAAUACAUCAGCAAACUGGUUAUCAAAUUCAAGUUUUCAAACAUAUAUACAAUCACAAACACUUGUAGUAGAUACUUCUUCAGACAAUUCAUCAGAUAAUGAUAUAUCUACUUCCACGGAUGUUCCUACUUCUUCUCACGAAAAUAAACAUUCGUAUUAUAAUUCCAUUAAAUUGGUUAAGUUACACACAAAUGAUGAAAGAAAAAGGACAUCUAAACAUACAAAAAAACGUAAGAAAGAACGAAAAUCUAGUAGUAAAAAGAAAGACAAAUAUGAAUAUGAACGAGAUGUAGCAAAUGUAUAUUUUGAAGACAAACAUCGAGAUAGGGGAAACAAUACAGUGAAUACGUUAUGUUCUAGAGCUAGACCAUAUUAUAAUGUUGGACAAAAAUAUCUUGGUUUUGUCUCAUAUAAACGAAUUAAAAAAAAUAUUUAUCAAAGAUAUCAUGCAUAUAACAUAGAUCUAGCAGAAAAAACAAAAAAGAAAGAUAUAAUUAUUAAAAGGGAAAUCACAACAAUAAAUAAAAAUGAACAAAUUCCAUCUUGGUGUACAAAUUUAGAAGAAGAACAAACAUUAAAAACACGAGAAUAUAAUGAAAAAUUAAUGGAAAAUCCUAAAAACAUAAAGCUAUGGUUAGAGUACAUUGAGUUUCAGGACACUCUGGCUAAAUUUCAAAAACAUCAGUUAGCUAAGAAUAUUCAACGUUCUACAGUUUUAAGAAAGUUAUCAAUAGUUGAAAAAGCUUUAGAAAAAAAUUCAGAUUGUAUAGAAUUAUUAAAGUUAAAAUUGCGUUUUAUGGGAGAAAUAUCACCUGCUGAUGAAUUUUCUAAAGAAAUAGAAACAUUAGUUAACAAGGACACAGGAAAUGUUAUUUUAUGGCAAGCUUUAAUAAUGGCUACACAAAGUUCAGUAGCAAUGUGCACUGUUCCUAAGGUUUUGGAUUUAUAUACAAAAUGUUUUUGUAUAUUAAGACAACGAUCUCGGACAAAUCCACGUAUUUAUGAUGAACGAUUAUUAGAAAUGCUAUACCAGUGCUUGAUUUUCUUAAGGCAUACUGGUUUGUGGGAACAAAUGUGGGAAACAAUACGUUUAAAUCUUAUAUUAAAUCUCAAUCUAAAUAGAGAUAGCUUGGUUUUUAAAAAAAUUAUAGAUGAAAAAAAACUAAUUGGAAUGGAAGAAGUGGUAUUAAUGUCAAGAUUACCAUUAAAUCAACUAUGGUUGAGAACAGAAUCAUUAAGAGAAAAUUGUCAUUGGAUCAGUGUUAGUAAAGAAGAAUUAGAAUUAGUUGGAGAUUCUCGUAGAUUUGUUAUACCAGAAGAUGUUGCUGAUUUUGUACAUCCAAUAAUUAGUCGUGAUUCGAAUUUUCGUAUGGCAAUUUAUAGUCUUUUAGUUUUAAAAAUACCACUAUUGCCAACAAGAAAUUGCAUCUUGAAGAAUUUAGGUCUAAAAGAAUUUGCAUGGGGCGUAGAUUCUUCAGAAGUAUUAUUUCCAUUUGCAUAUCCGAUAGUAGGUGAAAUGGCUGGUCAUAAAAAAAGGAAAGCAUUAAUACAUGGAAUACUUGAAGGACAUUUAACUUCUGGACCUCAGUAUCUUAAAUUUCAUCCUGCUCAAGAACCAUACUUAGAUUUUAUACGUGAAACAUUUCAUACAAUAGCUGAUAGUUUACCAAACCUUGAACGCAAUAAUAUAUAUGUAUGGUGGUUGAGAUUUGAAAGAUUACUUGUUUUUCUUAGCAAAGAUGAAUCUUUGAAAUAUGAUAAUAAAGGGAAAAAAUUGAAAUCCGUGUUGAAAGAAUUUUUAAAAAAAGAUGUAAACAGAAAUAACUUACAUUUUUAUAAAGAAUAUGCUUUAAUAGAACGAGAAAUGGGUAGAUUUGAAAGCUGUAUUAAUAUUUUAGAAACUGCUAUUCUAUCGAAUUGUACUUGUCCAUCUAUGAUAUCAGAUCAUGAAGAAAAGACUGCUUUAUUUAAUUUGUAUAGGACACUUUUUGAAACUUUGUUAAAUACUGAAACAUAUAAAGAAACACACAAAGAAAAGAUAUUAAAUGUCAUUAAGCAUAUGGUACCAGAAUCAACUGAUACUCAAUUAUUACUUGUUGAGGAAUAUUUAAAAGAUUGUGUCAACAAUUUUUUGAAAACAAAACCUAUGAGUAAAGAUAUAGAUACAUUUUUCUUACCAAAUUUGGAUUGUGACAUCAUUGUAUGUUACACAUUAUUUUUGUAUGUAAAAAAUAGUAAUAUUGAAGAAGUUAUCAAUAUAUAUAAAUGUUGUAUAGAACAUUGCAGAGAAUUACCCCACUUACAGGAAAUGUUAUAUGAAAGUGAACUUGUAAUUUUACAAUUACAUUAUGAAAACUUUCCAGAUCUGGAUAAUAAUUUGAAUAAAACAUUAUAUGAUAUGUUAGAAUUAUAUCCAGAUAAUUUUUAUGCACUAUCUAUUUAUGCCCAUAAACAGAGUGAAUUACCAAGUUGGAAAAUUAACAAUACAAAAUCCGAGUUUUCAGUUUGGAAAGCAUUAUCCUUGUGUUUAGCUGGACGAAAACGAACUCAUUUUUUAAUGCAACUUGGUCAUGAUGCAGCUUAUGCAUCACUUAAUAAAUUAUUGUCACUUCAUAGAAUAUUUGCAAGAACACCAGAAAUAAGGUCUUGUCCACUUUUAUGGAGAAUAUAUAUGCUUCUUCUUCAAGAAUAUAAUUUAUGUGAAAAAAAGGGAGAAGAAGUUUACCAUGAAAGUGUUGCAUUAUGUCCUUGGGCAAGAAAUAUUUAUAUUGAUGCAGCUGAAGUUGCACCACAACUUUUAACACAAAUUCAAGAUGUGAUACGUGAAAAAGAAUUACGAAUGCAUGUUACACCAGAGGAAUUAAAUAUUUUGCGUGGUCACUUAUAGAAAAUGGUUAUUUAUCUACAAGUUGUUCCUAAAUAUAAAUGUUUCUUUUAUAAAUAUUUAUGUAUUUAAUGUAAAUAAUAUAAAUAAUGGUUUCAUAAAAAAAUGUAAAUAAAUACUAAUAUCGCAAAAAUA